AUGGCUGAGCCAGACAAGCAUCAUCCCUGUCUCUACUUUGAGGACGGGAACGUCGUACUUUCUGCCCUUCGUGGAGAUGGGGAGCGGCAAUACUUCCGGGUGCACCAAUCCAUCCUAUCCAAACACUCUCCAGUACUCGGCGACAUGCUCUCCAUGCCCCCACUGAAGGCAUUCGGAUCAACUAACGUCCUGGAGGAGGCGUAUGGCGGCGUGGUACAUGUGCAGAUGCCCGAUAGUGGAGAGGAUUUGGAGAGCUUUCUCCAGGUAUUGUACGACCCACUAGGAACAGCAUACAAACGUUUCAACCCCCACACACCCGUCCUCGUGGAAGGCACGCUCAAGCUGGCUACAAAGUAUGAAUGUGACGCCCUCCGCAUGCGCAUCGUCGAGAAUCUUGAGGCCGACUGGCCGCAGACCCUCGGGCAAUGGGACGCCCGCCGCGCGGAGAGCAUCCUCGCCCGCUCGGAACACUCGCAACAGUUCACCGGUAAGGUGAACGGGCUCUAUCUCGACGACCGCCUGCCUGAGCCUGCCUCCGCGAUCCGCAUCGCGUCGGACUACAACAUCCCCAGCAUCCUCCCCGCCGCAUUCUACCAGCUCGCGCUGCUCAGCACCGAUGCCGACUGGGACGCGUGCCGCGCGAAUCCAGGCAAGCAUCUCCGCUUCGGCGCACGCACUGCGCGCUGGAAGUUGCUCGACAAGGACGACCUCAUGCGCCUCGUCCACGGCCAGAGGCUUCUCGCAUCGUACACACGUGCGAUCGGAACUGAUAUCUUUGGCAAGCGGUGCAGGCGCGGAAUUAAGACAUGUGCGAAGGCGCGAGGGGAGUGCUGGAAGUAUUUCCAAGAGGAUGCCCCUAUCUCUAUGGAAGACCCCCUGGACAUCCUAGGACAUCAGGGUACUGGCAGAAAGAAAGCGGCGAGAGCUAUGGAGGAGUCUGCCGGCCUAUUUCAACCUACAAUGAUAUUUGCACCCCAAUGUUCUAUACUUCCUAUUCUUGGGUAUGACUAA